UCAAAUUGAAUUUUUCCCGGACAAAAAAUUAAGAUCUGGAAGUUGUGUCGCCCGAGGGUCGCACAGGGAGCGGCGCGGGCGGCGGGGCGCGGAGGGGGGUGUACACGCUAACUUUUAAAGCUCCCAAGAGCGGCUCACUCUGUGUGUUCCGCGAAUAUUUCGACUAUUUUUUUCCAUUAAGCGCGAGUUCUUAUGAUGUCGAUUACUGUUUCACAGUUUUAUUUGCUCACCCGAAACCAGGAACCUUAUUUAAAAGAUAUAUGAGGAUUAUUUGAGCUGUGAGACUAAGCGGACGUACUUAUUGUUGUGAUUAUAAUGAGACAUUUUUAAUUACAAAUAUUAAUUAGUAAUAUUUCUUUUUUUGCAAACCUGCAAAAAUUAAGUGUGUCGCGUGUAUGCAUCUUUAUACACUGUACAAGAUGAAGCACUUUUAUUAAGUACUAAAGAGUGUUUUCUGUGUUAGUAUGUCUAACCCAGGAAUAAGCCCUUUUGGGCGUAGCCAAUUAUUACGGCGUAGUCCACCGCCAACGCCUUCGCCGUCUGAACAACACCAGACUCUUGGAGACCGAGAGCCGCCAGCGUCCACUGAGCCUGAGGUGGAAUACGUUUCUACGCCGGAGAUCCAGAAAUGGUUGACCUCUAUCGACUCCAUUAUGUCGGAAGUUUGUGGUAUCGUAGCUGAAGGUAAAAUGAAUAACGACCAGAAACUCCGUGUCACCAACCUAUGCCGUAAGGUCUCUCAUGGGACAUCUCAGAUGGCGGUACUAUACCAGUCCCUGAAGCAGAAGGCAAUCCAGGCCCAUGUUACUAUACGACAACUGCAAGGAGAACAGGACAUCGCGAACUCCCUCCAAGAACUAAGACAGGUUGUAGCAGCUGAACGCCAGUCAGGUUCUACUUCAUAUGCCAAUAUGGUAAAAAAAGGAGAGGACAAAUUUGUACGCCCAGCCAAUCUCAGCUCUCUUGCUAUUUACCCAAAUGACAAGACGCAGAGCAGUGAUGAUACCAAGACCCUUGUCCAGAAAAUUAUCUCGCCUGGAGAGCUGAAACUUCGAGUCCGUGGUUUGAAGAAAAUUAAAAACGGAGGAGUUAUUAUCAGUGCGGACAGCAAAGGCGACAUUGAGAAGCUGAAAACUUCAGAAAAACUGGUUUCUUCAGGCCUCAAAGUCGAAGAACCCUCAAAGCGCCGUCCUCGUAUCGCAGUCGUUGGUGUCCCGGUAGCCCUUACUGAAUCGGAGGUAAUGGAGUGCAUUUUUGAACAAAACCUCUCUGAAAAAUUGCCGAAUACUACGCGUGCGUCAUUUCUAAGUGAUGUAAGAUUGAGCCACAAGUCGGGUAAGAAAGAUCGUCCUACCUGUAACUACAUCAUUGAAGUUCCAGCUAGCAUUAGAAAAAUGCUGAUUAAUCAAGGCCGUAUUUUUAUUAAUUGGACGUCGUGCCCAGUAAGAGACUUUACAAUAGUGACCAGAUGCUUUAACUGCCAACAGUUUGGUCAUGCAGCCAAGUUUUGUCGCGAAACAAGCCCUACUUGCAACCACUGUGGGGAGAUGGGACAUUCUUUUAAAGAAUGCAACAACAAAUCCGCUCCUGCCCAAUGUGCAACCUGCAAGCGAUUCAAGCGUAAAUGUGACCACCCUACUGGCGAUGUGAACUGCCCAGCACGCAAAUAUGCAGAGGACAAUUAUAUACACACGAUAGAUUAUGAAGGCGCCUAAGAGCGCCGAUUAUUUUACUUGUAAGUAGCACUUAAACACUAGAUUUUACUUCUCUUUUGUAUUA